AUGGCUGAGGCAAUGGCCAUUGAUGGCCCUAGGGGUGAAAAGCGCAAGGCGAGCGUGCUCGGUGAUGACAACGGUCAUGCUCCACGUCGGAUCAGGCCACUCGACCCAGACGUUGUCAACAAGAUUGCCGCUGGCGAGAUCAUUGUUGCUCCUGUUCAUGCUCUCAAGGAGCUCAUGGAGAAUGCCGUGGAUGCCGGCUCUACCUCGUUGGAGAUUGUGGUCAAGGACGGUGGCCUCAAGCUCCUCCAGAUCACAGACAAUGGCUGCGGUAUCGACAAGCAGGAUUUGCCCAUUCUAUGUGAACGCUUCACUACGUCCAAGCUGCAAAAGUUCGAGGAUCUUCAGUCCAUCUCAACAUACGGCUUCCGCGGUGAGGCUCUUGCCAGCAUAAGCCACAUUGCACACCUGACCGUCACCACCAAGACUCAAGAAUCCAACUGCGCCUGGCGUGCUCAUUACGGGAGCGGAAAGCUGGUUCCCGCAAAACCCGGCCAGUCGCCCGAUCCGAAGCCCGUCGCUGGACGACAAGGCACGCAAAUUACCGUCGAAGAUCUGUUCUAUAACAUUCCAACGCGCCGGCGCGCGUUUCGAUCUACCUCUGACGAAUACAACAAGAUCAUCGACAUGGUUGGCCGCUAUGCUGUACAUUGUUCGCACGUUGCUUUCUCGUGCAAAAAACACGGCGAGUCAUCGACAAGCAUUGCCAUUCAGGCCAGUGCUUCGAGUACCGACAGAAUCCGGCAGAUAUACGGAGCCAGCGUCGCAAACGAACUCAUCGAAUACUCCACAUCCGAUGACCGCUGGGGUUUCAAGGCUGAGGGCUUGGCGACUAACGCGAACUACAGUCUCAAAAAGACAACUCUGCUGCUCUUCAUCAACCAUAGAUGUGUCGAGUCUUCCAACAUUCGAAAGGCAGUUGAGCAAACAUAUGCUUCCUUUCUCCCCAAGAACGGCCACCCUUUUGUCUACCUCAGCCUAGAAAUUGCCCCUGAGCGGGUCGAUGUUAAUGUUCACCCUACGAAACGCGAAGUGAACUUCCUCAAUGAACAUGAGAUCAUCCAGGCCAUCUGCGAGCACAUCCGAUCAAAGUUGGCUGCUGUCGACACUAGCCGAACUUUUCUCACCCAAACCCUUCUCCCUGGUGGCACAUGGUCGGCCUCAGAUCAACAAGCGUCUUCAAGCACACCAUCCAAGACCAGCGGUGCGGCUUCAGGAGCCCGCAAGACCCCAGCACGCAAUGAAUCCAGUCUUGUGCGGACUGAUACCAACAUGCGUAAGAUAACCAGUAUGUUACCGCCGGCGUCAACCAUGGCAGCAGGGUCAAGAGGAGAUGGAAUUCCCUCCACGUCUGGCCUCAAAGCAACCAUUAAUGGCACAAACAUGGACGUUGAGAUGAUCAAGUACGAGACAGUCGAGCGUGAGGCUACUGCCUGUCGCUUGAUCAGUAUACGCGAACUGCGCGCCGAAGUCCGCGAAGAGAUGCACCACGAACUGACCGAGAUCUUUGCCAAUCACACCUUUGUCGGAAUUGUAGAUGAACGUCGUCGUCUUGCUGCCAUCCAGGGUGGUGUGAAGUUGUACCUGGUCGACUAUGGACGGGUAUGCUACGAAUACUUCUAUCAACUGGGGUUGACGGAUUUUGGUAACUUUGGUACCAUACGUUUCGAUCCGCCUCUCGAUCUUCGAGAGCUGCUGAGCAUGGCCGCCGAAUCCGAGAGAACGGCAACAGCAGAUGCAACUGGAAGAGUCGAUAAAGACGGAGAUGAUGAGAUGGACGUAUCCGAAAUCGUCGAGUUGGUGGCAGAUCAGUUGGUUGAACGGCGAGAGAUGCUUCUCGAGUAUUUCUCUUUUGAAAUAUCUCCGGCCGGCGAGCUGCUAAGCAUCCCACUACUGGUCAAAGGCUACACGCCGUCUAUGACCAAAUUGCCGCGUUUUCUUUUGGAGCUUGGACCACGUGUAAACUGGUCAGAAGAGAAGGCCUGUUUCGAGGGCUUCCUCAAAGAACUGGCCAUCUUCUAUGUCCCUGAGCGAUUGCCAGCGACUAUCGGUACCGAUGAUUCAUCGUCUGUGCAAGGUGGUGGCGAGGAUGUCGAUGUCGAAACAGUUGCUCGCAGACACCAUGUUCGGUUCGCAUUGGAACAUUAUCUUUUUCCGGCUUUCAAGUCGAGGCUUGUGGCGACCAAGUCGCUCAUGCAGACGGGCAUUCUUGAGGUCGCGAACCUCAAGGGCUUGUACAGGGUAUUCGAAAGAUGUUAA